CGAGACUUCACCGCAAAGCCUUGGUAACACUGCUGGGUGAGUGAGUGCUGGUUGCUGCUGCCAUCAUGCUCAAAGCUAUUACCAAGACAAACCUCAGGACUCUGUCAGGCCUGAUCCAGAGGUUUCAGAGCACCCUGGUUGUUGCAGAGCACAACAAUGACACCCUGACCCCCAUCACUCUUAAUGCUAUCACAGCAGCUAGCAAACUUGGUGGGGAGGUAUCCUGUCUUGUUGCUGGAACAAACUGUGCUAAGGUGGCAGAGCAACUUUCCCAAGUUGAGGGGGUGAAAAAGAUUCUGGUUGCACAGCAUGAUGUCUACAAAGGAUUGCUACCAGAGGAGUUGACACCGCUCAUCUUGGCAACCCAGCAACAAUUCAAUUUUACACACAUCUGUGCUGGAGCAUCUGCUUUUGGAAAGAAUCUUCUUCCCAGAGUGGCUUCCAAGCUGGACGUUGCUCCGAUCUCCGACAUCAUUGAGAUCAAAUCCCCUGAUACUUUUGUGAGGACAAUUUAUGCAGGAAAUGCCCUUAGCACUGUGAAGUGCAGUGAAAAAGUCAAGAUAUUUACAGUAAGAGGGACUUCUUUCGAAGCUGCUAAACAAGGAGGUAGUGCGACGACAGAGCAAGUGUCUCCUGCUGCUUCUGUUGGGAUAUCGGAGUGGCUGGAGCAGAAUCUGACCAAGAGUGACCGGCCAGAGCUCACCAGUGCCAAGGUUGUUGUGUCUGGAGGUCGAGGUCUGAAGAGUGGUGAAAACUUCAAGCUGCUUUAUGACCUGGCUGACAAGUUAAACGCUGCUGUUGGUGCCUCCAGAGCUGCAGUAGAUGCUGGAUAUGUUCCCAAUGACAUGCAGGUUGGACAGACAGGAAAGAUUGUAGCUCCUGAGCUGUACAUCGCAGUUGGAAUUUCUGGAGCCAUUCAGCAUCUUGCUGGAAUGAAGGACAGUAAGACUAUUGUUGCCAUCAACAAGGAUCCUGAGGCCCCCAUCUUCCAGGUUGCUGAUUUCGGCUUGGUUGCUGACUUAUUCAAGGCUGUCCCUGAGAUGAUUGAAACACUGAAGAAGUGAAAUUCGUUACUCAGCUUCUGACUGGACCAUAGUCAGGAGCCUUGUCUCUAACUGUGCUGGACACUUGCCUUAUGAAUGAGCUAGGAAAUGUCACACCUCCUGCAUUCUUCCGUCCUGAAGAACACACAUCAGGCCUUUUCUUUAUUUAGGUAAAGUUUUCAGGAGUCUACUUGUCAUGUUAUUGAAUAGCAUUAUAAUGUGGUCAGUAUAUUCAUGAUGUCUGAUCUUGUUUGCCAAUAGCACUGUUUUGGCCUUUGCCUCAGUGUAUAACAGCUGUACACUAGCCAUCGUUCUCAAGUAAUAAAUAUCAACUCUCGUCAGUCCAUUUUUAGUUUGAUUUUUAUUUAAAGGCCGCUUCAUUAAAGAAAAAAAAUGUGAUACAUAAUUUUAAAGCAGGUUUGAAUUGCUUUCAUUAAUGGACAUGCUCCUGCAUUUCAGUGCAAUUAGACAAAGUAAGCUAAUUUCACAUUUAGUUGUCUGGUCUGGACUUAGUUUGGAAUAAACCAUUUAAAUAAAUAAAAAUCUGUUUUGCAAAA